AUGCCACUGGACGUCAAAGUGCGAUUUCUUCUCAACCAGAUCCUCGACGUGGACGAAAAAAACCAAGUGAUGUCAAUUCUUGCCUACAUCGACUUUCACUGGAACGACUAUAAACUCCGCUGGGAUCCUAAGAUGUUUGGCGGUAUCAGAGAUGUGCGUUUUGCUGGAGAACAGGACGCGCCGUUCAAGUUGUGGAGGCCAGACGUGCUGCUUUUUAACAGUGUGUCAGAAGCGUUCGAUUCCACAUAUUCAUCACGCUUUAUCGUCAAUUACAAUGGAGAAAUUCAGCAAAAUCCUCCUGGUAUAUUUCGAUUCAUCUGCAAGGUACGGUAUCCCGUUAUCCUAGUACCAAGGAAUGUUCUAGGCCUUAAAACUCCCAGUUGUAUCACCUUAUCCCAGAUAGAGAGCUAUUUCUUUACAGGAGUUAAAGGCCAUCCGGUGCGGGCGUCUUCUCGGCCCUACGGAGACAAUCCAGAAAGCUACACAGUAAAUGAAUCAAUCGACUUGCAAGUAUAUUUACAAAAUGGCGAAUGGGAUUUGAUGAAUACUCCUGGAACUCGUGUGGUUACGGUAUUUGGUGAAGAAUCGUAUCAUGAACUGUAUUACUAUAUUCAUAUUCGAAGGCGAACCUUGGCUUACGGCAUCAACCUUAUCAUACCUUCGUUAGUGAUUUCGAUGAUGACCGUCUUGGGAUUCACUCUCCCACCGGAUGCAUGCGAGAAAAUCACUCUAGAGACGACCGUACUACUUUCGGUGAUUUUCUUCCUACAGAUGGUAUCCAACAUGAGUCCGCCGCAGUCAAAAUCCGUUCCAAUCCUUGCUGCGUUUUUCUCGUGCUGUCUGAUGGUGGUGGCGUGUUCCUGUGUCUUCACUGUGCUCACGAUUUGCCUCCACGAACGAAAAGCUGAGACACAUGAAAUGAGUCCAUUGAUGCGGCGGGUCUUUGUCGAAUGGCUUCCUUAUAUCCUGAUGAUGCGAACGCCUGACCAUCCCAGAGCACCGAAACCAAAGGUGAUCGCCAAAAGUAUUUUGCCUAUUCAUAGACUCAGUACCCUUCCACUUUUGAAUCUACCUCGACCGUCCACUCUAAACACGGCAAUACAAAGAAGUUCAUCCAAAACCUUCGGU